AGUCUGCCGGAAACUCACACAAAGAAGUACACUGAAGUCAACAAGAACAGUUUUCACGAUAGCGUUUUUAUUGCUGUUAUUUAGACGUUUAUAAACACACUGGAACUUAAAAUAUUACUAAUUUAACUGCACAGCAUCACAUACUUACCACAAGUGGUGUUUAAUUCGCGUUGGACACAGGAUUUGGUUUAGAUGUUUUCUAGGUAACGCUAGCUGCUAACGUUAGCUAACAAUGGCUAACUGUAUGGUUUUUCACACUCAAAUAGCCUCCAUUAUGGAGGUGUUGGCGAAUGCAGCCGUGGCAGAGAUCUGUAAAAUCGUAGACGACGACUAUGCAGUGUUUCGUUUAGAAAUAACUCAAAGCCAGAAAGAAAACAGGGCAUUGCGGAGGAAACUACUGGAACUGAAGGUGGCACGGGAGCGCGCAGAGAGGACAGUGCGAGAGCGUGUUCUCGCCAGUCGUCCCAGUAGUGUCAAGAUCCUCGACCGAUACAGAGGAAUGGCAAGAGGUGAAGGACAUCUCACUGGAGGCAACAGGAGCUUUGUGAAGCCAGCGGGACACAAUACAUGGAGAGAUGGCCAACCAAUCACUGUUGAUGAGAGAAGUGGAACCUCAACCCAUCAUGUUAUUGUGAUGGAGUCUGCAGAUCCAGAGGCUGCAGGUCCUGGGGUCAAACAGGAGAGGUCUGGAGGAGAGGAAGACCCACGACACAGCAGAGACAUCCAGACUGGAGCAGCGUCUGGAGCGCCCCCUGUAGCAACGGAGGACCCCGCCCCAGCACAGCCCAGGAUCCGACACAGCAUCACGGAGGUCAGUGGAACGCAGAACGCCGUCCUCAAGUCAGAGACCGACACAGAGACUUUAACUGUAACACACAGGUUCUUACACACAGGAUCUGACCACAGAUCAGACCCAGAGAGACUAAGGCCACUGGGCUGUCCUCCUACUCCCGGCUCAGAAUAUUUACCGGUAUUUCACCAGAGCCAGAGGAUGGUUAAUUCCCGUGGGGAUGUUGAUGGUGACGCAUUAGACACUGGCAGUGAUGAUCCAUCUUGUUCUUACACUACAGAGAUGGAUUCUGGCAAAAUGCACUUGGGUUUAGAGACCCAGACUGAUCUGUCUAGAGGGGACUGGAACCGGUACAGUAGUAGUGUAUACUCUAAAGGGUGCCUAGAUAAGAAAGGGGAGGUUAUAGUGGUAGAUGAGGUGAAAGUGGAGGGCGAUGCUCCUCCCACAUGGAAUACAGAUAGUCACCUAGGAGACGGACACUCACAGGGCAGAGAUUUCUUAAAUUACAGGGGUAGCUUAGAGACUAAUCUAAAUGUUGCCACCCAAUCCUCUUUAGAUGCUUUCAGGGGUCGUGACCCAGUGUUCACGUCGAUGGCACCUUCCGAUUCACACGGCCAGAUCCUUUUCGAUCAGGUAUUGAACUCAAACGACAGGGCUAGAGCCCAGGCUCAGGGAGAAGGAGCCACAUCAGGCAAUAGUAAGGAGAAACGAUUCCUCUGCAUGUUCUGUAACAAAGGCUUCAGCUGCCCCCAGAAGGUGGAGAGGCACCAGAGGGUCCACACAGGGGAGAAACCCUUCAGCUGUACCCAGUGUGAGAAGAGGUUCUCCCGCCAGGACAACCUAAAGAUGCACCAGAGGGUCCACACUGGGGAGAAACCCUUCAGCUGUACCCAGUGUCACAUGCGCUUCGCCCUGGCUGGCAACCUGAAGAUGCACCUGAAGGUCCACACGGGAGAACGGCCGUUCGCCUGUACGCACUGCGGGAAGAGGUUCUCAGAGAGGAGAUACCUCAGAAUACACCAGCAGAAAAACCAUGCCACUCUAUGAUAUAGAAAGUAACCAUUCCAUUCGAUAGAUUCUGACGUUUAGAUCAAACCCUGCAUUAAAGACAAAUAUUAAUCUAUUGCCAGCAGAAAAGAUCCACAGAUUACUUUUGAUUUACCAUAGCUGACUCUUAUUUACCCACAAAAUAAUUUAUGUCCAACAUGAUGGGUUUAGCAACAAUUAAGUUAUUCAGUAACUACAGUAUAGGACUCAAACGAUGUAGGGAUAGGUAAACUCUCCAUGUUGAUAGUGUGUUUAUUACCUGUGUGUGCAUCUAUGUCUGUGUAAUCUGUAUCACCUCUCUCUUCCAAGAGGAGGGUCCAGAGCAAUGAUUCAUAUAUUACACUAGAUGACUGAUAAGGGGCGCUGUUUUGAAACCGCGCCUUCAUCUUGGCACUCCAUUGGGAAGCUACCGAAAUGCAUUUAUUAAUGUCUAUAUUUGUUUUUUCCCUGUUUAUUAUAUUAGACACCUUAUUGCAUACUUUUAAAUGAUAUUAUGUGGGCUAAACAUAAACAUUUAAAAAGGAAAAUUAAAAACAUUUUCCUUAAGUAUUAUUUUUUUGAAGGUUCUAAUAUUUCUGUCCUUACUACAACAACAAAAAUACUUGAAGCUGCGACCCAACCAAAUUCACAUAGAAAUGUGAGUUAUAGAUCUGUCAUUCUCAUUGAAAUCAAGUCUAAGAAGCAAUUGUUUUUGCGUCUUUUACUUACAGUUUCUUACACCAGCUUCAAACAACUGAAAAUACAAUAAGUUUGGUUUUGGAAAAUAUAUUUCACAGCGGUUUAGAUGGUAGAAUGAUUCUCUACGCUAUACUUACUUGUUUUAUCAAAAACUGAAAUUAGGUGAACUAUUAGACAUUUAAAAACCACGAAAUGGCAGAGUGAUUUCUGCAAAGUGCAGCUUUAAAUACAUGUAAUUUUGUCCAUGAAACAUUUCAUUGAAAUACUGUAGAAUUCCAUUAAUUUCCUAUGGAGAACUGCUCCUUCUGGGGAGUGCCAAUAUGGCCAACUGGUGGCUUUGAAGCCUCUCACUGGCCAAUAGGUCGUUAUCAAUAAAAUAUCCCAAUAAGAUGCAGAGUGUUCGAUUUGCCUGCUGAGGGGCAAGGAGACCCCAGCUCCUCUAAAGCCAUUGACAACUGCGUGCCGUUUAAGGGAUUGUUAAAUAAAGGUUAACUAUUUGGAUGUAAUAUCAUCACCUCUUGAAGAGCAUUGUCAGAACCACAAAUGUCCAUGCAAAAGAAUUGCGCACAUUUAGCUAUAUCAUGAGAGUUAUACAGAAAGUAACUGCAUGCUUUUAAUGAUCAGAAAACAUCAAUUGAUCAUGUAAUUUCAGAUAUGUGAGGGUAGCCCACGAUAUCUCUCAAUAGCGGCCACUUUUAAUUGGAUAAUUGAUUGAUAUAAAAGGGAAUUAUAUCUGACAACUACGAGUGGUUUAGGUUAAUUUCCCAUUGUUUGUGGGCUCUGCCUGCCAAGCAGCAGAAGGGCACAUUUACCGAUGUAAUUUUAGCUGAUAAUGUUUAUUUGCAAGUUACCGGUAGACACUUUGUACAGUUGGCUAAACAUAGUGGUAAGUUGACUUAAUGUACAUUUUUCUCCAACCAACAUAGGCCUACCUAGCUAAAUUAGCUAACAUUAUCCCCUUUUCAACAUUGUUUUUCAGAGUGUGUAAUCACGAUUGCUGCUGACAGACAUGAUAGGCUGCAUUGAUUGAUGGACCACGUCCAAUUUGUAAGUCGCUCUGGAUAAGAGCGUCUGCUAAAUGACUUAAAUGUAAAUGUCAAAUUGGCUAGCUAGCUAAUAACAGAUCACGUCAAUAUGGCUGGUUAACAAGCUAACUUUUAGGGGAUAAACUAGAUGGCUAAAUCCAAAUAUUGUUUCAUUUGCAUGCCAUCUAUAGUGAUGAUGACAGUAGUCCGACUGACAACUUUUUCAAGACGAGGACUUGCCGAAUCUCCUGAUACAGUAAGCUACAUUACGCAUGUUUGCUUAGCUAGCUAGCUACAUGCCAAAUGGAUAGGCUACCAUCGCUUAUCUGAAAAUACAGUGCCUUCAGGAAGUAUUCAUACUAGAGGUCGACCGACUAUGAUUUUUCAACGCCGAUACCGAUUAUUGGAGGACCCAAAAAAGCCGAUACCGAUUAAUCGGCCGAUUAAAAUACAAAAUAAGUAUUUUCUUUGUAAUAAUGACAAUUACAACAAUACUGAAUGAACACUUUUAUUUUAACUUAAUAUAAUACAUCAAUCAAAUCAAUUUAGCCUCAAAUAGAUAAUGAAACAUGUUCAAUUUGGUUUAAAUAAUGCAAAAACAAAGUGUUGGAGAAGAAAGUAAAAGUGCAAUAUGUGCCAUGUAAAAAAGCUGACGCUUAAGUUCCUUGCUCAGAACAUAUGAAAGCUGGUGGUUCCUUUUAACAUGAGUCUUCAAUAUUCCCAGGUAAGAGGUUUUAGGUUGUAGUUAUUAUAGGAGUUAUUGGACUAUUUCUCUCUAUACCAUUUGUAUUUCAUAUACCUUUGACUAUUGGUUGUUCUUAUAGGCACUUUAGUCUUGCCAGUGUAACAGUAUAGCUUCCGUCCCUCUCCUCGCCCCUACCUGGGCUUGAACCAGGAACACAUCGAAAACAGCCACCCUUGAAGCAUCGUUAUCCAUUGCUCCACAAAUGUCGUGGCCCUUGCAGAGCAAGGGGAACAACUACUUCAAGGUCUCAGAGCGAGUGCCGUCACCGUUUGAAACGCUAUUAGCGCGCACACCGCUAACUAGCUAGCCAUUUCACAUCGGUUACACCAGCCUAAUCUCGGGAGUUGAUAGGCUUGAAGUCAUAAACAGCUCAAUGCUUGAAGCACAACAAAGAGCUGCUGGCAAACGCACGAAAGUGCUGUUUGAAUGAAUAUUUACGAGCAUGCUGCUGCCUACCACCGCUCAGUCAGACAUCAAAUCAUAGACUUAAUUGUAACAUAACACACAGAAAUACGGUCAUUAAUUAGGUCAUUAAUAUGGUCAAAUCCGUAAACUAUCAUUUCGAAAACAAAACGUUUAUUCUUUCAGUGAAAUACGGAACCGUUCCUUAUUUUAUCUAACGGGUGGCAUCCAUAAGUCUAAAUAUUCUUGUUGCAUUGCACAACCUUCAAUGUUAUUCAUAAUUACGUAAAAUUCAGAAAAAUUAGUUAGCAACGAGCCAGGAGGCCCAAACUGUUCCAUAUACCCCGACUCUGCGUGCAAUGAACGCAAAAGAAGUGAAACAAUUUCCCUAGUUUAAUAUUGCCUGCUAACAUGAAUUUCUUUCAACUAAAUAUGCAGGUUUAAAAAUAUAUACUUCUGUGUAUUGAUUUUAAGAAAGGCAUUGAUGUUUAUGGUUAGGUACAUUCGUGCAACGAUUAUGCUUUUUUCGCAAAUGCGCUUUUGUUAAAUCAUUCCCUGUUUGGCAAAGUUGGCUGUCUUUGUUAGGAAGAAAUAGUCUUCACAGUUCGCAACGAGCCAGGCGGCCCAAACUGCUGCAUAUACCCUGACUCUGUUGCACAGAACGCAAGAGAAGUGACACAAUUUCCCUAGUUAAAAGGAAUUCAUGUUAGCAGGUAAUAUUAACUAAAUAUGCAUGUUUAAAAAAUAUAUACUUGUGUAUUGAUUUUAAGACAGGCGUUGAUGUUUAUGGUUAGGUAUACAUUGGUGCAACGACAGUGCUUUUUUCCCGAAUGCGCUUGUUAAAGCACCCGUUUGGUGAAGUAGGCUGUGAUUCGAUGAUAAAUUAACAGGCACCGCAGAGAUUAUAUGCAACGCAGGACAAGCUAGAUAAACUAGUAAUAUCAUCAACCAUGUGUAGUUAACUAGUGAUUAUGUUGUAAGAUUGAUUGUUUUUUAUAAGAUACGUUUAAUGCUAGCUAGCACCUUACCUUGGCUCCUUGCUGCACUCGCAUAACAGGUAGUCAUCCUGCCACGCAGUCUCCUCGUGGAGCGCAAUGUAAUCGGCCAUGAUCGGUGUCUAAAAAUGCCGAUUACCGAUUGUUAUGAAAACUUGAAAUUGGCCCUAAUUAAUCGGUCAUUCCGAUUAAUCGGUCGACCUCUAAUCCAUACCUCUUGACUUAUUCCACAUUUUGUUGUGUUCCAACCUGAUUUCAAAAGGUAUUAUACCAUAAUGAUGAAGUGAAAACAUGUUUUUAGAAAUGUUUACAAAUGUAUUGAAAAUGAAAUACAGAAAUAUCAGAUUUACAUAAGUAUUCCAACCCCUGAGUCAAUACAUGUUAGAAUCAUCUUUGGCAGCGGUAAGUAUCUAAGAUCUUUGCACACAUGGAUUGUACAAUAUUUGCACAUUAUUCUUAAAAUUCUUCAAGUUCUGUCAAGUUGAUUGUUGAUCAUUGCUAGACAGCCAUUUUCAGGUCGUGCCAAAGAUUUUCAAGUCAAUUUAAGUCACAACUGUAACUAGGCCACUCAGGAACAUUCAAUGUCAUCUUGGUAAGCAACUCCAGUGUAGAUUUGGCCUUGGGUUUUAGGUUAUUGUCCUGCAGAAAGGUGCAUUUGUUUCCCAAUGUCUGUUGGAAAGCAGACUGAACCUGGUUUUCCUCUAGGAUUUUGCCUGUGCUUAGCUCAAUUCCAUUUCUUUUUAUCCUAAAAACUCCCUAGUCCUUGCCAAUGACAAGCAUACCCAUAACAUGAUACAGCCAUCACCAUGCUUGAAAAUAUGAUGAAUGGUACUCAGUGAUGUGUUGUGUUAGUUUGCCCCAGGACAUAUUCAGGACAUAAAGUUAAUUUCUUGCCACAUUUUUUGCAGUUUUACUUUAGUACCUUAAUGCAAACAGGAUGCAUGUUUUGGAAUAUUUUAUUCUGUACAGGCUUCCUGCUUUUCACUCUGUCAUUUAGGUUAGUAUUGUGGAGUAACCACAAUGUUGUUGAUCCAUCCUCAGUCCUCUAUCACAGCCAUUAAACUCUAACUGUUUUAAAGUCACCAUUAGCUUCAUGGUGAAAUCCCUGAGUGGUUUCCUUCCUUUCUGGCAACUGAGUUAGGAAGGAUGCCUGUAUUUUGUAGUGACUGGGUGUAUUGAUAUACCAUCCAAAGUGUAAUUAAUAACUUGACCAUGCACAAAGGGAUAUUCAAUGUCUGAUUUCUUUAUUUUUCCCCCCAUCUACAAAUAGGUGUCUUUCUUUGCGAAGUAUUGGAAAACCUCCCUGGUCUUUGUGGUUAAAUCUGUGUUUGAAAUGCACUGCUCAACUGAGGGUCCUUACAGAUAAUUGUAUAACUGGGGUACAGAGAUGAGGUAGUCAUUCAAAAACCAUGCUAAACACUUAUUGCACACAUAUUGACAUAGGGGUUGACUUAAGACAUUUCAACUUUUCUUUUUUAAUGAAUUUGCUAAAAUGUCAACAAAAAAAUCAAUUUUGACAUUAUGGGGUAGUGUGUGUAGGCCAGUGACACAAAAUCCCAAUUUAAUAUAUUUUAAAUGCAGCCGGUAACACAACAAAAUGUUUAAAAAGUCAAGGCUCUUGCUUACCCAGAAAGACUCACAGCUGUAAUCACUACCAAAGGUGAUUCUAACAUGUAUUGACUCAGGGAUGUGAAUGCUUACAUAAAUUAGUUAUUUCUGUAUUUCCUUUUAAAUAAAUGUGCAAACCUUUCUAAAAACAUGUUUUCACUUUGUCAUUAAGGUGUGUUGAUGGGUGAGAAAUGUAUUUAAUCAAGUUGGAAUUCAGGCUGUAACACAACAAUGUGGAACACAUCAUUGGUCCAGAGGUGCUACUGGUGAAGGAGGAGGGGUGUGAGGAGGGUUUAGGGAACCCUGAGGGGACCAUGGUCAUGGAGGCCAAACAGGCUACACCUCCUCCUGAACCCACAGAGGAACCAGCUGAGCAGCACAGGACCACAGUAUCCCUGAGGUGAGCCCAAUGUGUACUGUAAGUAAGUGUCUGAGAGUAGGAGUGCUGAUCUAGGAUCAGUUUUCCUUUUAGAUCAUAAUGAAUACGAUUAUUUGGAAAGAUCCUAUUCUUUGUGGAUACGGGCCCAGGUCUUGAUUCAUUUUGUCUUAAGUGUGGGAUCAUGCCUUUGGACUAUCAAACCAUUAAAGGGAUAGUUGGGGAUUUGGGCAAAAAAUGUUAUCUACUUCCCCAGAGUCAGAACUCGUGGAUACCAUUUUUACAUCCGAGUCCAAUAUGCAGGAAGGUAGAGGUAAUUUCGGGAGCCAGUGCUAACUAGCUUAGCGCAAGGACUGGAAGUCUUUGUGUACAGCUAGCGUGCUGUGUUUUCUCCCACCCGUCCAACCUGAAGAGGCACGAGAGUCCACACAAGGGAGAAAUCCUACAUCUGCCCCUAGUUUGAGAAGAGGUUCUCCCACCAGCUGAAGAGGCAGCUGAAGAUCCACAUGGAAGAGAGGUCAUUUUCCUGUACGCACUGCGGGAAGAGAUUCUCAGAGAGGAGCUACCUCAGGAUACACCAGCAGAAAAUACACACUACCCAUGUAUAGAGUAUCGUGACAUGUACUGUAGUCUUAGUUAGUUAGUAGUUAAUUCUGUUGGUUUUGGAUGUAGUAGGGAACUGGAUGAGGUGAACUGAGGAGGGGAAUGAGUAUGAUGAGGCAUAGUAGAUGAUAUAGUGAUGGUUGGUGUGAUUGUGUCUUUAAAAUACUUCACUGAUGAAGAGUGACAACUAUGUCCCUUUAGGUUGAUGCUGGUGUUUUAUAGUGAGAUAAGGAUAAUGCCUUAAUUCAACUUUACUUGACAGGAAUUAGUAAAGAUGUGUGUAAUGUUGAACCUUUUCCAAAGUACUCAAAUUCAUUUUUAUCAAAGAGAGGGUUCCAGAUUUACAGAAAUUGUCAAGUGAUUCCAUAGUGUGUAAUAUCAUUCUACUUGUCACAUGUAUCCUUUUGUCCAAUAAAAGUACUGUACUAAAAGUUGUGUGAGUAUGACAAUUUUGUUGAAAUUAAAUUUCAAAAAUCAA